AUGUUCGAGAUUGCUGUUGAGGAAAAGAUUUUUCUUGUUCAACCAAUCCAAGCACCCUCACGAUUUUGGGAGCUGCAUAUUGGCCAAGUGAUGUUACACGUCAAGUUCAAAGUCUUGUCAAAGACGGCAGUACCCUUGAAUUCAAAGCCAUGCAGCAAUGACGUUUUUGGAGAUACUUGGCGUGGGCAUACAAAAAGCUUGCUUAUUGUUUAUCGGUAUGGCCGCAAUACACCCCAGAUGAAAAUCGCAGCAGAAAACUCGUGUAUUUCUGUGUCCAUUCGCGAGCCACAACCGUAUGCUGAUCUUAUUGACCCACAGAACCUCCUGGAAGAUAGUGAUCGUUUUGCUCUUGUUUCUCUCAAUGGAAUGUUUAUCUCCUGUGACUCUCAAUUGAAGCUUGUUGCUGCCGGAACAACAGCUGAACAAGGCUGUAAGCUCAUUGUUAGAAAAGAUAUUUCUACCAGUCCGUGUUUCAAAAUGCAAAAUGAAACCGGCAAAUUCUUUACUGUUGGGGAUGGCAACUAUCUUUAUGCCACAGGUAACAAAUUAUUUUUGUUUUAUUAUUUCCAUAAUAAAUUUAAUUGCUGUCAAUCAAAAUAUAUUUUCUCACAAAGCUUGGGUAUUAUCUUACAAUAUGUUAUCGGACUGCAAUGCCAUGGAAUAAAAGGAUAUGGUAAAUUUUAUUGA